AUUAUCUUCCAAAGUAUUUAUAUAAAUAUGAACUAGACUUGAUUAUAAAACAUGAAUUGCCAUCAAAUAUUAAGCGGAGCCUGCAAUGCAGGAGACCGCUGUUAUGCUGUCGGCUCUGUCGAAGGAAUAUCAUUCACUGCGUAUGCUGCUGGAUGUAAUAUUGUCAUUUUGGCAAGUAACUUUGAGAGAGUUCAGAUUAUACCAGGAGCAGUUCAUAAUUACAUUCGUAUCAGUUGUUUGGAUUGCAGUACUGAUACAGGAAAAAUUGCAGCAGCUUAUGAGAACCAAAUUUGUAUUUUUGAACCGACUCCACUCAUUCAUAGCACUUGUUCACAUCAAUUGGAGUACCGAUGGGUUCAAACGGGCAGUUUACAAACAGAAUCCAACAUUACUUCACUGUCAUGGAAUCUGGAAGGAACACGUUUGUUAACUGGAGGCGAACUUUUGCAGCUAUGGCAUCAGAAUAUUCAACCAUUUCAAGAAGAAAACACAGUAAAGCCGAAAAACACGCAAACCGAGGAAGUUACAACAGGAGCCAAUCAGAAUGUUACAGCAAGUUCAUCUCAAGAUCCCGACACAGUGACAUUUUCUAUCGGAGGAGAAGCAGAGAGCCCAUGUCCUGGAGACGCAAGCUCCGGAAAUGAACCUGGUGCUUGGAAUUGUGUGUGGAAAUGUCGAACGGCUACGCCAGUUCAUUUGAUGAGUUUUAGUCCUGAUGGAACUUUAUUUGCGACUACAGGACGUAAUGAUAGACUUGUAAAAAUAUGGUUUGAAAAUAAACAACUUUUCCCAAUGAGAAGCAUGGAUCACUUGAGCUUCGGCCAAUCGAUAUUAAAUGACAGCUAUAGCUUUGUUUAUGUAGCACAUCCCCGCGCUGUGACACACUUAUCUUGGCGCAAAACUAGUAAAUAUAUGCCCAAAGGUUCAGUAUCAAACAUGUUGGUGACUUCAUGUCGUGACAACAUCUGUCGCGUUUGGGCUGAAACAAUACCACCGGAGAUUGAAGGUCUGGCGAAUAUGAGUCAGUUUGAAGGAUCAGACCGACAUGGACAUCAUGGCAAGCAUCGCCAUCAUAGCAUGCAUAAACAUCGGUUUAUGCAACGCCUGAAACAUAUGAAGACUUGUUUUCAUAUACGACGUCAUGCUAAACAACAGCAGCAUCAAGCAGGUCAUUCUGCUCCAACUCUUCCUACUUUGCCUUCAACAUAUUCUGUCCAUGAUUUUCAUAAUAAUUAUCAAAGUACUGGGCAUUAUCCUGGCAUGCAUUUUCACCUGGCUGCCAGUAUUAAUGCUGAAACUGAUAUACCAUUGGUGCCGAGUCUUAUCACGGGUGAUCCUGAAAGAGAACCGAAUUUUAUCUUGCAUUGGUUGAAUAACAAGGAAAUGCAUUUUACUAUGCAAGCUGAAAAUAUUCUUCAGGAGUUGACGCGGAAAGUUGUAGAAAAAGAAGAAGGUCUUCGACAUCAUGAAUCAGAUCAUGUUGAUCAUGAUUCUGAAGAUGAACAUACACCAAGAAGUAUUUUAUCGUGUUAUGGUAUGGCAAAUCCUCUAGAGAAAGCAUCGCGACAUCAGUCGAAUUCCAAAUCAGCUGUUGGUGCUCGGACAGCAAGUCAAGACGAUCACAGUAGUGAUGAACAUCAUACAACACAUACGGGUUCUUCUCAUCAUAGUUUACCACAUAGUGGACAUUCUCACCAAAGUCUCAGCAAUACUACCUCGAUAAAUUCAAUAGCUACUGAUGCAACAUCAACUAUGAACCAUGCUCCAGACUCACUGGACACUAAAAUCGAAACUCUACUGCGUGAUUGGCAUCAUAACCCUGACCUUCUAUUUUCGAUUCAUCCUAUUGAUGGCAGUUUUCUGAUAUGGCAUAUUGAGUGGUUAGACGAAUAUCAUCCAGGUUCCUUUAGGCAAGCACAAAUAUCAUUUUCCACACGAAUUCCAAAUGCUUUUCCCUUAGGCGAUGCAUCAACUAUGAGCCACAAUGUAUCUAUGUAUUCUCACAAUACUGGUGGACCUUUAUUGAAUAUUCGAGAAGUUGCUAAAUCAUCUGCAAAACCUACAGACCAUGUGGAAGUAUCUACACCAUUACCAAGUUUGAUUGAACAAGACGAAGAGCAAUCAACAUUAACAUCGAAAGCUGGACAAGAACUUUUACAAAAUGUCCAAAAUGCUGUUACCUCAAAAGAAACUAAUACAACUCAGAAUGGUCCUGCGGCUAAAAAUGGUGAACAAGCUCAAGAAGCGGUUAACGAAAUAUUGAAACAUCCAAGUCCAAUGGUUUCAAUGGUUUCUAAACAUUCAAAUGGAACCUUAAAUCUUUGGCAACUUACUUUUGCAGACAAAACAAAGUUUUCUCAAGUUUUAAGUAUUGGACAUGCUUGCAGAGCUUCGGGGCAUCGAUUCCGUGUGAAUGAUAUCACUUGUCAUCCAGUUUUACCUCUUUUGGUAACUACGUCUCAUCAUAACAUCCCGGAAUACAAUCCUCAAAAUUCCGAUGGUCAAAAUCAAAAUAAUGAAAAUGAAGAAAAUCGAAAUAAUAACCAAAAUAAUACCGAUAUUAUGUCAGCUACAGGUUUUUGUAGUGAAUUAAUACUUUGGCGUGUGGAUCCUGUUGGUCCUUUAUCUAAAAGUGGUGGAGUAUCGGAAUUAGCGAGAAUAAAUUCUCCAGAAAUUUCGGCUUUUAGUAAUGUCGCUUGGAUACCUACAUUAUUACCAAGCACAACUUUAGGAAAUCUUUCGAAUUCUGCAAGUGCAUGUUUUGUUGCUAGUGAUGGUCAGUGUUUAAGAGUGUAUCAAGCUGUAAUUGAUGCUCGGACUUUAUUAGCUGAAGUGUCUAUUAGUGAACGACGAAGUAGAAUGAUGGAUUCAAUGGCGAGUUUAUCUACUGAUAUUUCAUCUGAUGAUGGAAUUAGACAUUCGAUUCAUGAUCGGAUAAAAAUAGUCUCUCAACAGUCAACUGCUCGACCUGGAUGUAUUAUUCAAUUAGAUGCGAUUUCUGAUGCUACGCAUGACUGGCAGAAUACACAAUUUCUUCAUGUAUUUCAAGAACAACUAAUCACUGGGGAGAGAAAUGAUGAGAAACAGACGGGAGUUGACACUUCAGCUAAUGAUCUAGGCUUAAUGGAGUCGACCCUUGAUGCUAUGGUUGACCUUCAACAAUCAUCAAUCUUCGAAGAGCCCUUCUAUAUUGUUGUACUUGAAAGGACACAAAAGGGAACAACAGUACAUAUGUGGAGAUUAGUUAUUGCUUCCCAACCAGAAACAAUUGGACUUACUGGCUCCAUGAUGUAUGUUCCGGACUCGCAUUUAGUUCAAGAUGAAGAUGAAGAAGGAACUCCGGGUCGUCACUCUGAAGGAAGAAGAUCCCGUAGACCAAGUCAGACAGGUGGCAGAAGUAGACGCUCUAGUCAAGCAGAUUAUGAUUCUUCAUUUAUUCAUCGUCGUCAUCAUAAUAGUCAUGUUUUAAUUACCACAACCAAAGUUUGUACACAAGAAUUACCACUUCCAGAUGGUGUGGAAGUAGUUCAUGCUGCUCCAGCUGCUGGACAUUUGAGCAGUUCGUCUAUUUAUCCUGCAUGUUUUGCUCCUUACAUUGUUGUGACUGCAUGCAGUGACAGCACUGUAAGGUUUUGGAAAUGUAAAGUGACAAAAACUGAGCCCGAUGACAUUCUGCAAUAUGAAUGGUGUGAGUGGGAGAUGAUUAGAAAAGAUCAAGAAUCAACCAUAGAUAUUUCAGGACAACCUUUAAAUAUUAGUGCAGCGUAUAGCGGACGUAUUGCUUGUGCUUAUAAAUAUGGUAAAUCUUUUACUAGGCCUACUAAGUCUGAUCCCGAUUCUCGGUACGUUAAUCUAUGCGUUGCAAUUUAUGAAUGUGAAAGUACUGGUGGCAGUGAGUGGAUUUUAGAAGAUACUAUUCACUUGAAAAAUAUUCAUUUACCACGAAUCCAAGUUGAUCAACAUUUAGACUUGAGUUAUUUGUAUGAUAGUAGAUUUUUACAAAAGAAACAGAGACUCACUCAGGUACUUCAGACUUUAAGCCAUGAAGAUAUUAGGUCUCCAAGGAAUGGAGAAAAUGGAGAAUCUAAAACUAAUGCAGGACUUUUAGCAGUUCCUUCUUUCAGCACUCUUCAAUCAUUGAGAAAAUCUAUCAUUGAAAAUGGAAAUACAUGCCCUUUAACUCAAAAACAUCUUGUUCAACUUGACUGGGUUUCUAAAGAAGAUGGAUCACAUAUAUUGACUGUUGGUGUUGGUUCGAAAAUUAUGCUUUUCACUCCUGUUUGCUCUGAUUUAGCUCAAGCAAACAUGAAAGCAAUGAAAGAGUCAAGAAGUAACAAUAGACCAAUUUUACGGAAAACUUCCUCACUUGCUCAGCCACAAUUUGUUGAUGAAAUUCGAUGGAUGAAGUUGAGAAAAAUAAAACUUACCACUGCCGAUGGUUUACCACCACUUCCUAUGCAAAUCUCUUGGGUAAGAGAUGGAAUUCUCGUUGUAGGAAUGGAUUCAGAAAUGCACGUUUAUUCACAAUGGAAACCAAAUCCAACAAAUGAAUGCUUCCAUUCAAAUUUACAACAUCAAGAGUCUGAUGAAUUCCAAGCAAGUCGAAAUCUACGUGAUGAAGAUUUAAGAACUCUUGCCCAAGAAACAUCACAAAGAAGGUUGGCUAAUGUAUCAUCGAUCCCUCAUCUCUCUCGAGUCAGUAGCAUUAAUUUAACGAUGUUAGACGCAAAGAAGAAACGAGGUAUGCAAAAUGAUACUGUUAGCAUUGAUUACAUGCCAGACUAUGGGCUAUUUGAAGCAUCUCGAAUCGCAUGUCCAGUUCUUCCUCAAUAUCAUCCAAAGCAGUUGAUGGAAUUACUUAACUCUGGAAAAAUUCGAUGGGUAAAAGCAAUCUUAGCUCACUUGGUCAGAUGUAUCUCAAGUUCUUAUUCAAUUAGAAUUGAAGAUGAGACUGUUGUAAAACAACGGGGAGGUUGGUCAAGAUCAAGAACAAUGUCAGUCAAUUAUCCAGGAACAACAUCUCCACUUGAGCCUAGAGGCUCAACGACUCAAAUACCAGAAGAACUUACUCUAGAUUAUGCUGAGAUAACUUCUAUAUCCCCAUUACCUUUAUGGACUCUGUUGAUUGCUGACAAAGAAACAAAUGCGACUCAAAUGCAAAGUGAAGACAAACAAGAUUACAAUAAGUUAUUCGAUGGAAAUAUUGAUGAAGAAGAAUCUUUGGAUGAUAUGCUAGAUGAAGGCUACGAAUGCUCUAGACAAAAAGAUCGAAGAUCAUCAGUACCUGAGAGACAAGGAAUAUCACACUUUGGACCUAGACAAGGAAGACUUCUUUCACGUUUAUUAACACAUACGCAUCUUCCUGGAUUGUCCAGUUUAGAUCAAAUGCAUCUUCUUGCUUUAGCAGAUACUGUAUCAACCUGUAAUGUCGAUUUCGCUGAACGGUUCGCUAUCGAUGCUGCUAAGACAGCAAUUGCAAAGGAAAAUUUAACUGGAAUUCCUGAUGGUGAAACAAUAUCAACUAAUUCUCUAGAUGACUGUGGCCUAAGAUUCCUUUUAGCUAUGAAACAUUAUAAUUAUCUUAUUCGUUGUCUUCCUCUGGCACAGCGAGCUCAAUUCCAAAAACAAGGAGUGUCAACUAAUAAUCUUGUUUGGGCUUUCCAUUCUGAGACAGAAGAAGAAUUGCUUGGUCUUAUUCCAUCUUAUGCUAAAGGCCAACCAAAAUGGUCAGUUCUGAAAGAACUCGGAGUAGGUUGGUGGAUUCGAAAUAAUAAUGUAUUAAAAACAUGCAUUGAAAAAAUAGCUAAAGCUGCAUUCCAACAAAAUCAAGAUCCACUUGAUGCUGCAAUUUAUUAUCUGGCUAUGAAGAAAAAAAAUCUAGUCUGGGGUUUAUUUAGAAAUAAAAGAGAUGAGAGAAUGACUGGAUUUUUCUCAAAUAAUUUUGUUGAAGAUCGAUGGAGAAAAGCAGCUUUAAAAAAUGCAUAUGCCUUAUUGGGAAAACAAAGAUUUGAACAUGCUGCAGCUUUCUUUUUAUUAGCUGGAGCUUUAAGAGAUGCUAUUGAUAUUUGUCUGAAUAAACUCAAUGAUAUUCAACUAGCAAUGGUAAUAGCAAGACUUUAUGAAGAUGACAUGACUUCUCCUAACUUAAAACGACUGCUUUAUGAAGAAAUUUUAGGCUGUGACGCAGAUGGUAGUAAUCCAGAUAUUAACAGAGCACAUCCUGAUCCAUUUUUAAGAAGUAUGGCUUUAUGGUUACUCAAAGACUAUUCAGGAUCAUUAAAUACGCUUUUAUUAACAAAUGUUGGCACUGCACAUUCUCAAUACAAUGACGAAUCCGAAAAACCUGAAGGUGCAACGGCAAAUCCUAAUGUUUUCAAUUUUUAUGUUUAUUUAAGAACUCAUCCUUUAUUGAUUAGACAAUACAUUGCAUCAACUGCACAAGAUAAGAAAAAAGCAACAUCUAUAGUCAUAUCAGGAUUUAGUUAUGGUACUGAGUCAAAAGGCCAACCAGAUAAACAAUUGUUGUUAGAAGAUAGUAUUACUCCUUUAGAACGGCAACUGUAUUUUACCACAGCUCAUGCUCAUUUUAAAGCUGGAUGUCCUGCAUUAGCUCUUGAAGUAUUAUCGAAAUUACCGAAUAAAGUAAUGGAUCCCAAUGGAGAAGAAAGUCCUAGUUUGCUUAAUAGUCCAAGUAAAUCUAGAGCACAAGACUUCCAGAUAGAUACAGGAAUAAUUAAAUGGGAUAAUUCUACUAAAGAAGAUAAUCCAGCAGAAGCAAGUUCAUCAAUGGAUUGGGGUAGUUCUACAAUUGAUUGGUCUCAACCUAUAAUAAAAGAACCAGAUGAAUUGGAACUUAAAUGGGAUGAUGAUGAUGAAACUGCUGAAGAUCCAGAUAGUCCUCCAAUGACCAUGAAAGUAGAUGAAAACCUCGAUGAAGAGAAAAAACAAGAUGCACGUGCAGAAUCCCCGAAACAACCAGCACAGUUAGACAUCAUGGCGCAACAAUUGAAAUUUGUUGCUUGUUUGAAGAUUCUCAUGGAAGAGUUAUCAACAUUAGCAACAGGAUUUGAAGUAGAUGGUGGACAACUUCGUUAUCAGUUAUAUGUUUGGCUAGAACGUGAAGUAGAUGCCUUGAGACAACUAUGUAAUUAUAGUGCUAAUGCCGAUGGUGAUGUAACAAAUGUUACUGAGUAUGAAGGAGGAAUGGUUGAUGAUAUUGCUCCAUAUCGACCCGGUGAACAGCCGACACUUCAUGAAAUUUUGGUAGCUGAAAAGCUGGACUUUGAAGCCAAGGUUCAAAGAGCUGCAAGACGAAAGAAAUGGCUAAAAGCCAAUGAAACUUUGUUACGAACUUUGUUAUCUUAUUGCUCUUUGCAUGGAGCAUCAGGUGGUGGACUAGCAUCAGUUCGGAUGGAGUUAGUUUUAUUACUUCAAGAAUUACAGCAAGAAAAGACUCAACAACAACUGUUGAGUCCUUUACCUUUCCCAACAACUUUGCCUCUUCUCAGUGCAAGUGUUGCUUCUAAUAAAACUGUUGUUGCUGAUCCUGUUAGACAUUUACAGUCUUUAGCACAUGAUAUGCUACAAACUCUAGUAGAAUUACGUAAUCCUCCAGCAUUAGACAGAAAUUCUCACUACUGCGAAGUUUUUAUCAUGCGAGAUCUGGCAAUAGCUUUGAGUGCUUGUAUUUACCAAUCACUGUGUGAUUCAGAUACAUUUGUCAUGAAACAUCAGCAACCAGAUAGUUUUCCAGCAGUUGCUGAAGUGGAAACAUUUUCCGGUGGUCAUUUAGUAGCAUCAAAUAGAUAUCAUCGUAGAUAUUCAUUGGAUGAAAGUGUAAUAAUCACAACACCACCAUCAAAAUGGCCUGGAGUUACAAAUCUUCGUGCACUUCUUGCUCGUGAAAAAGAUGAAGAUACACCUAAAUUAAAUAUUCUACUUUGUGAAUCAUUUGUCGCAACAUUUAUGAGCUUAUUUGUGUAUGCAUUAGCUAGUUGUGAUAGUCAUAUCCUCUACAGACUGGUAGGACAUCACUUUGACAAUAAUACGUGGUCAUGUUUAUUUGGUGGAGGAGUAAAGAAAUUAGUACGUAUUGCUAGUACAAAUACUCGUGAUAAUAGCGCUAGCAUUACAGUAGAAAGAGCCGACAGUAUUUCUAGUGAAAUUCAAGCAGCAGCUGGUGGUGUUUGGAAUACGAUGACAUCACUUACUAAACAGAGAGUCAAGUUGAAUAUGAAGUUACUGGGUCAGUUUACAGGACAACAACCAAAUAUCAAAGAAGAUAAACCAACAUAUCGAGAACAGUUUGUUUCACCUCAAAUGAGUAUGGUGUCUUAUUUCCUUAUGAAACCUCGAAUUGAAAGUGAAUACGCCGAUGAAAUAGACUAUGAUUCCUCUGAUUCAGCAGUCACAGAUCUUGGCUCAUCUGAAGAAGAUGAAGAUGUAUUUGAUACAAACGUAAAACCAAAGAGUAAACCAAAGGACAAUACUGAACACUUGAAUCCCAAUGGGAUCAGUUGGUGUAUCAUAAAAUUAGCAGUAGUUAAAAUACUUCAACAACAGCUUCAAGAUUUCCUCAAUGUUGCUGGCAUUGAACUGCAAGAACUGCCAGUUAGCAGUCCAUUGAUUCAUGGUACAUUAGGUGUUGUGGCUCAAUGGGAAGAAACUUUGAGAGAAGAAUUAGAAGCUAAGGGUCCACCACCCGCUAAUUACAUUCCGGGAUGUGCACCUGAUCCAGUACCAUCACCAGGAAAGCCAGCUAUUCAUAAAUAUAGAUCUCUUUUAGAAAAAGGUAAUACACCUUUCAACACUCGUCUUGCUUCAUCAGCGCCUGUCAAUCGUCUCUGGUGUUACCUCGUUCGUCAAGAAUCUGUUCAAGACAUUUUUAUACGUGCAAUUUUUGGCAAACACCGAUCACUGUCUUCAAUGUUUGAAAAUUCACCGUCAGCUGUAGAUAGCGUAACUCGUGGUACAAGUGAAGACAAGGGUAGUGACAGUGGAACAACUAGUCUUCCUGAACCUGUUAGAAUUAUACAUAAAGAACAAGAUAGUAUCAGUGCCUUCUGUCUCAACCAGGUCAAUCCUGGACUAAUGGCCCUUGCAACGCCAAGAGAAGUACAAGAAAUGGAUAUUUCACUGCUACUUGAACUUCCAUCGUGGCUUGAGGAUGAAUGCGAAUUUGAUAUUAUUAAUUUAAAUAAAUCGGUAGAACCUGAACCUCAGCCAACCAGUUUUCUAGUCAUACAAACGGCUGCAGAUAGACCACUUCUUGCACAAAAUCCAUUACCAAAUACUCCUCAACCUCAAUCGGGCAUCGCCAGUCAAAGUGGACGUGGAGCAAGUGUGAUCUUGAAGCACAAAAUUGACGGUAUUAGAAGAGUUUCUGCACAUCCAUUGUUACCUCUGUACUUAACCGGUUCGCAAGAUGGAUCUGUAUCUUUGUGGGAAUGGGGUCAUCAAACUGCAGUAUCAACACCAAGGCCUGCAGGAACUUUUGCUAAAGUGACACGAGUUCACUUUUCACAACAUGGAAAUAAAUUUGGCGUUGCUGAUUCUGACGGUCAUCUCAGUUUAUUCCAAGUGGCAUGUAGAGAAGGAACUGCUCGUCCAUUCUUUACAUAUCAAUGUCACAGCAAAGUAACAGCAGAUUUCGUUUUCCUUGGAGCUUGUAGUCUUGUUGCGACAGCUGGUCAUGGUUCUGAAGGUCGGAAUGUUGCUCUAUGGGAUACUCUUCUCCCUCAAAAUAAAUCACUGGUACAAGGGUUUACAUGUCAUGAACAAGGAGCAAGUUCGGUAAUUCUCGCUCCUCAACAUCAAUUACUAAUAAGCGGAGGUAAAAAAGGUGACAUCACGAUAUUUGAUGUACGACAAAGACAACAAAGACAUCGAUUCCAGGCUCAUGAAUCCGCUAUUAAAUGCUUAGCACUAGAUCCGCACGAAGAAUUUUUCGUCAGUGGAGCUGGUGAUGGAGAUAUUAAGGUGUGGGGUUUGACCGUCCAUUCAUUAUUAUAUUCAUUUCCGGGAGAACAUCCAAGGUCAAGUUUCUUCAAGAAUAUUGGCCAGGGUGUGACACAAUUACAUGUAGAUUCAGCAGGACGAUUAUUUUCAUGUGGUGCAGAUGGUUCAAUGAAAGUUCGUCAAUUGCCUGAACGUGAUUGCGUUGUGCACACGCUCUAUUAGGACUAUAAGUUAAUAAAAAAAAAAACCUAAUUUAAUUAGGAUUUGCACCUGUGCUUUUAUAGUUUGAUCUAUUUAAAUGCGCUUGAAAUAUAUGUAACUUAAGGUAGAUAGAAAUACUAUAAAUACUUUAUUGCUAUCUUAAAAAACCAAUUUCCAAGGCAUUUGAUCUAUAAAGGGGCCUAUUUCAAUAAUAGAUAAUUUUUUUGUUGUUAAAAAUAUCUUCUCAUAAAUUAUUCCAAUAAUAAAAAGUUUUCAACUAUUGUACAAAAUAUUUACUAAAUCGUAAAUUAAAAAUCUAAUUCGAUAUUUAUUAUUACCUACUAUGUGAAAUAUUUUAAAAAUAUUUUUUUGUCGUUAAUGUAUAAUAUUAAUGUUGAAUAUUAUCUGUGUGGAGUAUUAAAACUAUAAACAGGAUAAAAAAAUAAAUAAUAAUAAUUCUAUAAUGUAAAAUGUAUGUGCGAACGAGAAUUGAUUGCGUUAAUAUUGAUAAGAUAAAUUCAUAUUAGAUAUUAAGUUGCAUGAUAAUAAAAAUUGUUGGCAUGUCGUUACAGCCAACAAUUUCAAGUAACAAAUCUUUGAAUAUUAUUUUCAAAGAAAUCUAAGUUAAAUAAAUAAUAUUAACAAUGAAAGUAAUAAAGAGUAUAUCGUUACUUGAAGUUGAAACGAUAAUGCUGAUAGUUUCAUUUUGAAGUUAAAGGCUUGCAUUCUUACAUUUGUUAAUACAACAUUCAUUUUUUUUUAAAUGAAAUUAAUUAAUAAUCAUGAAUUUAUUGUUAUAAAUUUCAUCACUAAUAAUAAAUAGAAAUAUUAUUUUUCUUUUUUUAAGUAAAAUACCGCAGGCGGAUUAAUAAUUUCGCAAUAUAAAAAUACCACAAUCAUUACGCUUAUAAUUCAUAAUAAUAACUCAUCAAUUGUAGUUGUAAAAAAAUAGUAUCAAUAGAAGUAAUUGUCAUAUACUCAUAAUGCAGAUUUUUCAAGAUUGUUGUGGAUUGUCGAGUGAUCUAUGAGAGGCUUAAGUGUCAACUUGUUAUUAAAUAAUUAAUAAUUAUAAAAAAAAAUCCUCACUUGAUUCCGGAUUGAGUGAUUACUAAAGGCAAUCUUAUUAUUCAAGUAAAUUGUUGAAAAUGUUAUACAAAGUUAAAUAUUAAUAUCUAUGAAUAUAUAGAUUAAUAUAUCUAUAUGUACAUAGACACUGUGUAGAACAAAAUAAUGACAGUAUAAAAUCCUAAUAUAUAUUGUUAUUAAUUAAAAUUAAUCAAAUAACAUAAAUGAAAGCAAUUGAAUACAAAUAUGAAUUUAUGUAAAAGUCAAAUUACAGUAUUGUAAACAUUAUUUUUACUUUUAUUGUAAUUAUUAUUGUUUUAAAUUGUAAUUAAUAUUAUUAGUAAAAUUUUAUGAAUAAAUAAUCAAUAAUGUUUUACUUCAAGUUGCUAAUCAACAAUCUAUGCGAAAACAUUGUAAGCAACUUGUUCUGAUGUUGUAUACGUGACUAUCCAAUAAACUGUAUGUAAAUUAUGUCUA